CGGCGUCGCUUUCUUAGUUUCUUUUCUUUGCUAAUUUCCUUCUAUCAAUCCUUUUUUCUAAUAAAUAAGAAAUUGACUGAAUUUUAAAUUUUAAAUUUUAAAUAGUAUGAAGAACUAUGGCACUUGAAGCUUUGAUUCCUGCUGCAAUGGCUACACCUUCAAGCAACAAAUACGACGACGUCUCGUGUGACAAAGCCACGCCUUCUAAAAAACGACCGAUCAUCGAUUCUCCGCCGACGUCCGAGGAAGAAGAAGAAGAAGAACGCCUUGCUCUCUGUCUCAUCGCCUUGGCUGGCGGCUCCCACGACGGUGUUGGUGGCCUUGUUCUGUCGUCAUCGGCGGCGGAAUCUGCUUCCCCUGCUUCCAAGUUGCCUCACAAGUGCAGUGUCUGCAACAAGGGUUUCCCUUCUUACCAAGCUCGGGUGGACACUAAGUCCAGCCACCGUAAACACUCCUCCGCCAACGGUGACAAUCCAUCUACCGCCGCCGUAAGAGGUAGCGGGAAGGUCCAUGAGUGUGGUGUCUGCCACAAGACUUUCCCUACGGGCCAAGCCUUGGGCGGACACAAACGCUGCCACUACGAAGGCGGUGGCAACAUCAAUAACAAGAGCGGCAGCGUUAUUGGCGUGAUGCUGUCGGACGGCGGCGGUGCCUUGAACAAACGCCACCGUGUCAGCUUUGACUUUGACCUUAACUUGCCUCCUGCUUCCCCGGACUCCCAUGAGGAAAAUAACGAUGGAAGGUUUAGUCAAUCAUGCAGCGAUUAAUAUUAUAAGACUUUGGUAGAAAUAAUUUAAUUUAAAAAUAUUUUUAAUUUUA